AUGCCUCCAAGUGUCACUAUUCGCGAACGUGCGGCUACUUGUGUUGAUCUAUUUUCCCAGGCCAUCUUGCUUCUAGCUCAAACUGAAAGCUCGGAAGACCAAAAUGGCUUGUUCGACGAAUUCGGCCGGUUCAAACUCUGGACGUCCAAUAUAGGCGUUUUUGCGGAUCUUCACUCUUCGUUGGAUUAUCGGCUCCGAGAUUUCAGCGAUAUUAAAGACUCCUUCACAAGACAGCUCAUUACUGUCGAGAACAGGCUGCAACAGCUACUCGAUGCUGCUCUGCAGGAUCUGUCCAAAACUUGGAUCAAGGAAGAUAAAGAUAAAGAUGGAGAGCCAGGCAUCUCCAUAUCCACCAAGUCCACAACGGCCGCCACGUUUCAAGACUGGAAUAAUACCCAACUGUUGCAAUCAAUCCACCAGAGCAUUGACUGGCUCCAUAGGCUGUCUAAUCUUGUCAGGAAAGCCAGUUUUGCCAACCAACAUAAAAGGGCUGAUAAGUUCAUACUUAAAGAUGAAGACAACAACGAUAUGAGUGAUACUCUAACCGACUAUUACACAAAGCUUAUCAAGCGAGAAUUCAGUGGCUUGCAAAACACUCUAGUCCAACGACUAGCAGCAUCUAUGUUGAUGAGGCGAAGGCGGAUAAUGUACAGGCGAUCUCAGCAGCAACGUUGGAAGAUACCUCAAGUCGAACCCAGGACUAAAAACCUUGAGCUGGUCACCCCAUCAAGCAAAUCGGAGUCGACUCCUCUAGGACCAAACUUCCCAGUAAAAACCGAGAAAGUAUUUGUGUCGAAGCCUGAAGGAAUAACUACGGCGCCAUCGCGUUUAACAGCAACUACCAUCGACACAAACAUCCGCAGACGUGUGUCAGCGCCAUCCGGCAUAUCUAAAGGAAGCACUGCUCCGCUGAAUGAGCAAAGCCAGCUGCUCGUACCACCUCCUCCCAAGGGGGCCAACUUUGGCGAGGAUUUCGUUUGCGACUAUUGUUGUCUUAUUCUCCCGAGCAAGAUUGCUUUGAACCGAAAUGCCUGGGCGGAUCAUGUCAACAAAGAUCUAUAUCCGUAUGUUUGCGUUGUUGACAAAUGCGACGAUCCCAUCGAAAUUUAUUCAUCUCGAAAGGAAUGGCUUGCCCACAUGAAGACACGCCACCUCAUGAGAUGGUACUGCAUUGCCAAACCACAUACACAACCUUUAGAAUUCGACAGUGAGAACGGAUUUAUCGAGCAUAUGAAGGUUGGACACCCAGGAAAAUUCAGGAACGACCAGCUAUCGCUUGUUGCAGAGAACAGCUCACGCCCAAAGGAUUCUGUGUUUGAUGAUUGUCCAUUCUGCAUGGGCACCUCCGAUAAUCUUGAGGAGCAUUUUGCGCUACAUCUUCGAGACCUUGCAUUGCGGUCAUUGCCGUGGCCAGAUGACGACGAGUGUGACUCUCAGCGGGGAGAGUACCUGCACAGCGACAACUCGAUAUCUGAUGAAAAUACUCGAAGCACUAUUGAAGACUUCAUAUCAGAAUCAGUAAAGUCUAGUAUAAUAGGAAUUAUAGAUGAAGAUGAUGGUUCCGAACUUAAUGCAGGGGAGUGGUUAAAUCCACGUAGCUAUUUUUGCGACUCUGCUAGUCUAUACGACUCACCACGUCUAUACGACUCACCACGUCUGCGAGAACAGCUUUCUGAUAAGAUCUUGAUAAGAUUGGCAAUCAAGAAAUACCGAGGAGUCACAGAACUAUCUACUCUAGUAGAUAAACUUGAGACUCUCCUCAGUGACGAAUAUUCACAGGCUGAAAACGCUGCGCACCUUGAGGAAGCUUUUGUCAUUAUACAGCAGCUCACAAAAGAAAAUUCGCUAGGCCAAGAGGACUCUGAUGACCAAUCGGACAAGCCGUACACAGUUCAAGAAGAGAUCUUGCGUGUUAGUUCUGAGCUUCCAAACGUCAGGUGGGACAGUAUUGACAUGGGCAACUUGACGCUGAGUGCCUCGCUCAAAGGCCCAUGGGGUAAAGAUGGAGCAGAUAUCUUCAUCAAAAUAAAGAUUGAUAUACCUACAGAGUAUCCCGAGCUUAAAGCGCCAAAGUUUAUUAUUGAGAAAAGCUCAUCUAUACCAGAAGAAACACACAAGAGGCUUGAUCAAGAGCUCUAUGAACUUGCAGAGCAGUUUGCACAAAAAAAGCAAAAUUGUCUGGGGAUAAUCUUUACCUAUCUAUUGGGAGAAGUUGAUUUUGAAUCUGCUACUCCUUUCUCAAAGACUAAUCGCGACUUAAGUGACGAUAGUUCAACAGAAGAUGACGACGACAUUCUAGUUGGUGGAGCGGCGUCUAUGUCUCAGGAGCUUCCUCCUGCGGAUGCGGACCCUGACGAAGCCGUUCCUUCUGUUAGCUCCCAAACACCAGACAAGUUUCUCAAGAUUGCCAUCAUAUGUACACUUUUGACUGAGUACGAUGCAGUCUGUCUUAUCUUGGACGCAUUUUGGGACAAAGAUUCUAAACUGGAAGAUCGAGGCGAAAGUAUUUACACCACCGGGCGCGUUGGGAGGCACGAUGUUCUGGUUGCUUUCUUGCCCUAUACGAGAAAAACAGUUGCUACGAAUCCUGUACCGCUUCUCCAUUUGCUUAACCCGCAAUUAGAGCUCUUUUUACUAGUUGGUGUUUGCGGAGGUGUACCCAAGAUUAAGUAUGGUAAACAAGAGAGCAAAAUAAUGCUAGGAGACGCUGUAAUCAGUAGGAGUGUUCUUGAGUACGACUUGGGCAGCACUGACAAAUUCAUUAGCAAAAGCACCCUGCGUACUAACAUAAAAAAAGAAGUCAAACGUGCUCUGUACGGAUCUUCCCAGUCAAAGUCAGGUGGAUUGACGCUGGGGCGAGAAAUGCACCGAUACAACUAUCCAGGAGGGCUCAACGAUCGCCUGUUCGAGGCACACUACAUUCAUAAGCACCGUAUCACGGCUAACGAUUGCACUGUGUGCAAUGGCCAUCCUGAUGCUGCCUGCGAUAAUGUUCUCCAUUGCAAUAUAUGUAAUGGUGGGCCUGAUUCUGUUUGCGACGAUGCUCGCAAAGCCUCUUGCCAGGAGAUUGGGUGUAACAAGCAGGAAUUUGUUAUCCGAAAUAAUCCCCAGGAAGAUUAUAUUCCAACGAUACACUUCGGGGAGAUUGCAUCGGAUGACAUCGUAGUGAGGGACGGACUGGAGCGAGACAGAAUAUCAAAUCACCGAGGGGCUAUUGCCUUUGACAUGAACACAUUUUGUGACUGGCAAAAGUUACCCUGUAUCUUCAUCAAGGGCGUAUGCAAUUAUGCCGAUGGCCACAAGGACGACAGCUGGCAGAACUUUGCGGCGGCAACGGCGGCGGCGGCAACAAAGGCUUUUUUGAGGAGAUACAACGAUUGGGACGAUGAUCAUAAAGAUGUUAAGCGACAGGACUUCAUGUGGCAAGCCAAAAAUUAG